AGUUCUACGACAGAAACAAGUAUUAUAAAAGUAAUAAGUUUAAGUAAUACAAUUACUCAUAUACAUGUAAAAAAAUAUAUACUAAAAAACUGUUUAAAAUACUUACUUCAAUAUUAACGAGUAGCAAUUUGAUUGCUAAAAAGUUAAAAAGAAAUGCGUGACAUACUUGUAAAGUUUUUUUAUUUCUCCCUAAUAACAACACUUGCUAAAGGUGAGUGUACACCGAAAUGUAACCGUGAAGAAAUGUGUCUGCGUUAUCAAGAUGACUUUGCAAGUCCAUAUUAUUACAAAUGCUCAAGUGAAUUGAGUUGUAUUUUUCAAGAAAACGAUGAUAAUCUAUGUCCUGAGACAGCAGCUAUAAAGGAAGUUCCCCCUGUUUUUAAUAUUAUUGGAACAUUAGUAAAUUAUGAAUCGUCUGGUCCAUUGCUUGGUUAUUGGAAAGGAAUUGACUGGGCCUAUGGACUAUAUCAAGGUAUUCCACAUGCUCCAAGUGCAAUUGCUUUAAAUGUUAUAGCUACCAAUUCUUUGACAGACCAAUAUUGUUUGAGUUUUGAUUAUUUUAUGAAUGCUCCAGAUACACCUUCUAUAUAUGUUAUAUGGGAUGACAGAGAUAAUGAUCUUUGGGACUAUAACAAUUUAACUGAAAUUACAAAGAAUAUUCCAUAUAGCAACAGAGUUUUGGUAGUAAAUACAAGUAAAGAAGGACUCGAUUCUUCUUUACCCUGGCCUAAUUCUAAAAUAACAAUACCAAGUUCAAACAGUAUGUAUAGACAGGUGAUGAUUCUAAUUAAUCCUGGUAAUGGUCCCAGGACGUUGUGUGGAAUAGAUGAAAUAGUAUUAACAUUAGGACCAUGCAUUGGUAGUUGGAGUGAAUGGGAAAAUGGUAUAUGUUCCCAACCUUGUGGUGAUGGAACUAUGAAUCGUACUCGAACUUGUCCGAAUGGUGCUCAAUGUCUUGAUAAUAAUGAAUAUAAAACAUAUCAAACUCAAAAUGGUGUUUACUGUAAAUUAAAAUCAUGUGACUGUAAUUUUGAUAGAGAUUGCACUGGUAAUUUUACAACUUGUGUGAAUACUGUAUGUAAAUGUAAAGAAAAUUACUCUCUGAAUAAUGGAAAAUGCACUGGUAGUUGGAGUGAAUGGUUAAACGGUACAUGUUCCCAAUCUUGUGGUGAUGGAAUUAUGAAUCGUAGUCGAGUUUGUCCAAAUGGUGCUCAAUGUCUUGAUAAUAAUGAAUAUAAAACAUAUCAAACUCAAAAUGGUGUUUACUGUAAAUUAAAGACAUGUGAUUGUAAUGGUGGUUGCACUGGUAAUUUUACAAUUUGUGUAAAUAAUAUAUGUAUAUGUCAACAAAAUUACUUUUUGAAUAAUGGAAAAUGCACUGGUAAUUGGGGUGAUUGGGUCAAUGGAACAUGUUCUCAACCCUGUGGUGAUGGAUUAUUGACUCGCACUCGAAUGUGUAAUGACGGUCUUCAAUGUAUUGCAGAUGGAUUGUACAUGUCAGUUCAAAUACAGAAUAGCAUCUAUUGCAACUUAAAACCCUGUGAUUGUAAUGGUGGAUGCAUUGGUCAGUUCACAACCUGUGUUAAUAACAUAUGUCAAUGUCAAGAAAACUAUUCUUUGAUUAAUGGAAUUUGCACUGGUAAUUGGGGUGAUUGGGUCAAUGGAACAUGCUCACAACCCUGUGGUGAUGGAUAUUUGACUCGCACUCGAACCUGUAAUAAUGGUCUUCAAUGCAUUGCAGAUGGAUUGUACAAGUCAGUUCAAAUACAGAAUAACAUCUAUUGUAACUUAAAACCCUGUGAUUGUAAUGGUGGAUGCACUGGUCAGUUUACAACCUGUGUCAAUAAUGUGUGUCAAUGUCAAGAAAACUAUUCUUUGGUUAAUGGAAAUUGCACUGGUAAUUGGGGUGAUUGGGUCAAUGGAACAUGUUCACAACCCUGUGGUGAUGGAUUAUUAAUUCGCAGUCGAACCUGUAAUAACGGCCUUCAAUGUAUUGCAGAUGGAAUGUACAAGUCAGUUCAAAUACAGAGUAACAUCUAUUGCAACUUGAAGCCAUGUGAUUGUAAUGGUGGAUGCACUGGUCAGUUUACAACCUGUGUCAAUAAUGUAUGUCAAUGUCAGGGAAACUAUUCUUUGAUUAAUGGAACUUGCACUGGUAAUUGGGGUGAUUGGGUUAAUGGAACAUGCUCACAACCCUGUGGUAAUGGAUAUUUGACUCGCACUCGAACCUGUAAUAAGGGCCUUCAAUGUAUUGCAGAUGGAUUGUACCAGUCAGUUCAAGUACAGAAUAACAUCUAUUGCUACUUGAAACCCUGUGAUUGUAAUGGUGGAUGUACUGAUAAAUUUACAACCUGUGUCAAUAAUGUGUGUCAAUGUCAGGGAAACUAUUCUUUGAUUAAUGGAAAUUGCACUGGUAAUUGGGGUGAUUGGAUUAAUGGAACAUGUUCACAACCCUGUGGUGAUGGAUUAUUGACUCGCACUCGAAUCUGUAAUAAUGGCCUUCAAUGUAUUGCAGAUGGAAUGUACAAAUCACGUCAAAUACAGAAUAACAUCUAUUGCAACUUAAAACCAUGUGAUUGUAAUAUUGAGUGCACUGGUCAGUUUACAACCUGUGUCAAUAAUGUAUGUCAGUGUCAGGGAAACUAUUCUUCGAUUAAUGGAACUUGCACUGGUAAUUGGGGUGAUUGGGUCAAUGGAACAUGUUCACAACCCUGUGGUGACGGAUAUUUAACUCGCACUCGAUUCUGUAACAACGGCCUUCAAUGUAUUGCAGAUGGAUUGUACAAGUCAGUUCAAAUACAGGAUAACAUCUAUUGCAACUUGAAACCCUGUGAUUGUAAUGGUGGAUGUACUGAUAAAUUUUCAACCUGUGUCAAUAAUGUGUGUGAAUGUCAGGGAAAUUAUUCUUUGAUUAAUGGAAAUUGCACUGGUAAUUGGGGUAAUUGGGUCAAUGAAACUUGUUCACAACCUUGUGGUGAUGGAUUUUUGACUCGCAGGCGAACCUGUAAUAAUGGUCUUCAAUGUAUUGCAGAUGGAUUGUACAAGUCAGUUCAAAUACAGAGUAACAUCUAUUGCAACUUGAAACCCUGCGAUUGUAAUGGUGGAUGCACUGGUCAGUUUUCAACCUGUGUCAAUAAUGUAUGUCAAUGUCAAGGAAACUAUUCUUUGAUUAAUGGAACUUGCACUGGUAAUUGGGGUGAUUGGGUCAAUGGAACAUGUUCACAACCCUGUGGUGAUGGGUAUUUAACUCGCACUCGAUCCUGUAAAAACGACCUUCAGUGUAUUGCAGAUGGGUUGUACAAGUCAGUUCAAAUACAGGAUAACAUCUAUUGCAACUUAAAACCCUGCGAUUGUCAUGGUGGAUGUACUGAUAAAUUUUCAACCUGUGUCAAUAACGUUUGUCAAUGUCAGGGAAACUAUUCUUUAAUUAAUGGAAACUGCACUGGUAAUUGGGGUGAUUGGGUCAAUGGAACAUGUUCACAACCCUGUGGUGAAGGAUAUUUAACUCGUACUCGAUUCUGUAAUAAUGGCCUUCAAUGUAUUGCAGAUGGAUUGUACAAGUCAGUUCAAAUACAGAGUAACAUCUAUUGCAACUUGAAACCCUGCGAUUGUAAUGGUGGAUGUAUUGAUAAGUUUUCAACCUGUGUCAAUAAUGUGUGUCAAUGUCAGGGAAAUUAUUCUUUGAUUAAUGGAAAUUGCACUGGUAAUUGGGGUGAUUGGGUCAAUGGAACAUGUUCGCAACUUUGUGGUGACGGAUAUUUUACUCGCACUCGAUCCUGUAAUAACGGCCUUCAGUGUAUUGCAGAUGGGUUGUACAAGUCAGUUCAAAUACAGGAUAACAUCUAUUGCAACUUAAAACCCUGCGAUUGUAAUGGUGGAUGCACUGGUCAGUUUACAACCUGUGUCAAUAAUGUGUGUCAAUGUCAAGGAAACUACUCUUUAAUUAAUGGAAAUUGCACCGGUAAUUGGGGUAAUUGGGUCAAUGGAACAUGUUCACAACCAUGUGGUGAUGGAUAUUUAACUCGCACCCGGUCCUGUAAUAAUGGCCUUCAAUGUAUUGCAGAUGGAUUGUACAAAUCAGUUCAAAUACAGAAUAACAUUUAUUGCAACUUAAAACCUUGUGAUUGUAAUGGCGGAUGCACUGGUCAGUUUACAACCUGUGUCAAUAGUGUAUGUCAGUGUCAGGGAAACUAUUCUUCAAUUAAUGGAACUUGCACUGGCAGUUGGGGUGAUUGGGUCAAUGGAACAUGUUCACAACCUUGCGGUAAUGGAUUUAUGACUCGCAAUCGAACCUGUAAUAAUGGCCUUCAAUGUAUUACUGGUGGGGUGUACAAGUCAGUUCAAAUACAGAAUAACAUCAAUUGCAACUUAAAACCCUGCGAUUGUGAUGGUGGAUGCACUGGUCAGUUUACAACCUGUGUCAAUAAUGUAUGUCAGUGUCAGGGAAACUAUUCUUCAAUUAAUGGAACUUGCACUGGCAAUUGGGGUGAUUGGGUCAAUGGAACAUGUUCACAACCCUGUGGUAAUGGAUUUAUGACUCGCAAUCGAACCUGUAAUAAUGGCCUUCAAUGUAUUACUGGUGGGGUGUACAAGUCAGUUCAAAUACAGAAUAACAUCAAUUGCAACUUAAAACCCUGCGAUUGUAAUGGUGGAUGCACUGGUCAGUUUACAACCUGUGUCAAUAAUGUAUGUCAGUGUCAGGGAAACUAUUCUUCAAUUAAUGGAACUUGCACUGGCAAUUGGGGUGAUUGGGUCAAUGGAACAUGUUCACAACCCUGUGGUAAUGGAUUUAUGACUCGCAAUCGAACCUGUAACAAUGGCCUUCAAUGUAUUACUGGUGGGGUGUACAAGUCAGUUCAAAUACAGAAUAACAUCAAUUGCAACUUAAAACCAUGCGAUUGUAAUGGUGGAUGCACUGGUCAGUUUACAGCCUGUGUCAAUAAUGUAUGUCAGUGUCAGGGAAACUAUUCUUCGAUUAAUGGAACAUGCACUGGCAAUUGGGGUGAUUGGGUCAACGGAACAUGUUCACAACCCUGUGGUAAUGGAUUUAUGACUCGCAAUCGAACCUGUAUUAAUGGCCUUCAAUGUAUUACUGGUGGGGUGUACAAGUCAGUUCAAAUACAGAAUAACAUCAAUUGCAACUUAAAACCCUGCGAUUGUAAUAUUGGUUAUGUACGCAAUUCUACAACGCAACUUUGUCAACGUGAUUCAAAUUGGACUGCAAUCAGUGAUUGCAAUGCAGUAUGCAAUGGAAAUCAAACAUUUCAAUAUAAUAAUGUUCCAUUUACAGUAGUUGAUGAGCCCUGUAGUUUGUGUCAAGGUUAUUGUGGAGUAAACUCUACAUGUUUAUGUUCUAAUGAUGCCCAAUAUGCUGAUAAUAAUGGGGUUUGCCAAAAUUAUUGUAAUAUUGGUUAUGUACGCAAUUCUACAACACUACUUUGUCAACGUGAUUCAAAUUGGACUGCAAUCAGUGAUUGCAAUGCAGUAUGCAAUGGAAAUCAAACAUUUCAAUAUAAUAAUGUUCCAUUUACAGUAGUUGAUGAGCCCUGUAGUUUGUGUCAAGGUUAUUGUGGAGUAAACUCUACAUGUUUAUGUUCUAAUGAUGCCCAAUAUGCUGAUAAUAAUGGGGUUUGCCAAAAUUAUUGUAAUAUUGGUUAUGUACGCAAUUCUACAACACUACUUUGUCAACGUGAUUCAAAUUGGACUGCAAUCAGUGAUUGCAAUGCAGUAUGCAAUGGAAAUCAAACAUUUCAAUAUAAUAAUGUUCCAUUUACAGUAGUUGAUGAGCCCUGUAGCUUGUGUCAAGGUAAUUGCGGAAUAAACUCAAUAUGUUUAUGUUCUAAGAAUACUCAAUAUGCUGAUAGCAACGGAGUUUGCCAAAAUUGUGGAGUUAAUGAACGAGUUUUCCUACCUUCAGUAACAUGUGAUUGUGAUAUUGGUUAUCUGCGUAAUGCUACAACGCUACUUUGUCAACGUGAUUCAAAUUGGACUGCAAUCAGUGAUUGCAAUGCACUAUGCAAUGGAAAUCAAACAUUUAAAUAUAAAUUUAUUCCAUUUACAGAAGUUGUUGAGCCCUGUAAUUUAUGUCAAGAUUGUGAUAUUGGUUAUCUGCGUAAUGCUACAACGCUACUUUGUCAACGUGAUUCAAAUUGGACUGCAAUCAGUGAUUGCAAUGCACUAUGCAAUGGAAAUCAAACAUUUAAAUAUAAAUUUAUUCCAUUUACAGAAGUUGUUGAGCCCUGUAGUUUAUGUCAAGGUUAUUGUGGAGCAAACUCUACAUGUUUAUGUUCUAAGAACACUCAAUAUGCUGAUGAUAAUGGGGUUUGCCAAAAUUGUGGAAUUAAUGAACAUGUUAUACCACCUUCAACAACAUGUGAUUGUGAUAUUGGUUAUCUGCGUAAUGCUACAACGCUAUUUUGUCAACGUGAUUCAAAUUGGUCUCCAACCAGUGAUUGCAAUGCACUAUGCAAUGGAAAUCAAACAUUUAAAUAUAAAUUUAUUCCAUUUACAGAAGUUGUUGAGCCCUGUAGUUUAUGUCAAGGUUAUUGUGAUAUUAACUUAAAAUGUUCAUGUUUAAAUGAAACUCAAUAUGCUGAUAGUGAUGGGGUUUGCCAAAAUUGUGGAAUUAAUGAACGUGUUAUACCACCUUCAGUAACAUGUGGUUGUGAUACUGGUUAUGUACGCAAUUCUACAACGCUUCUUUGUCAACUUGUUUAAUGAUAUUUUCCGCAAUAUUACACUGGUUAAUAGUCAAGAUUGUUGAUAAAGGAACCUGAUUUUACCGAAAACAAAAAAAGUUUGCACAGAGAGUUGAAAAACUUUUACUUUUUUAAACUUUUGUGCUCCUGCUGCACAAACCGCGAUUAAUUUUUUCAGUUUGUAAAAAAUUUUAUUUUGUUUACUUAUUAAUGAUUAUUUUUAUGUUUUUAAUGAAUAUUUUUACUCGAAUUAAACGAACUUGUUUUUAUUUUAUUAUUUUUAAUACAAAAUAAUAAAUAAGUUGUUUAAUAAAUCAAUUUUGUUUUUAACUGUAAUAUAAAUAGAUUUUACAAUUAUCUUGCACUGAUGAGGUUUUUUUAAGUUUGUUAACCCAGAAUAUAAAAUAAAUCAUAUUUGUUGUUAUUUUAACGUAGAGGUUACAUCAAAUUCAUAAAAUUAAUUUUAAAUAAAAUUAUACUCGUUUGUUCAUCAUAAAAAUAGUACUUUAUAAAAAUUUGUUCUCAAAAUAAUCCAUUUUAGAUCAUAUAAACAUAGGUUUUCGGUUGACACAAAGUGUACUGCAACAUGUCCAAUAAACGGUUGGUCAUAUUAACAGAGAAAAGAGGAAUAUAAAUCAGAACAAAUUUAACGUCCUGAUUUGUUGCAUUUUUCUUAAGAGGACAGUUUUUUAUGGUUUGUUUUAUGUUAUGUUUAAAGCGGUUGAUGAUAUUUGUAUUUAUGUGAUCGUUUCAAAUAUUAUAUCAAAGUUUGUUCUUUGC